UGAAGGGAGAGGCAUCAAUGUCACAUCGCGUCAAGCGCUAAGCCACUUCUAAAUCUGUCGGCUCAGUUGACACUAGCUCUGCUCUCUCUCUCUCUUGAAGUUAUAAAACGGCCCCUUGCUGGAAGCCUAUCACCAGUCGCCCUCCAUUCGCCAGAGUGACCACACUCACUGCUUGCCUCAAGUGUAAGGACAAAUGCCAGCGGACUGUGCCAGGAGGAUGAUCACCACUCUUCUUUGUAUCUGUAUGGCCCUCUCUCUGCUGAUUCACAUUGGGAGAUGCAGCCCAAUCAUGGCACCUGAUGACCCCCAUCCUGGAGUGGGGGAUGAUGGCCUUCCUUUAUUUAAUGAUCCCUUGAUGGAGCAAGACAGUGGUCUGGACUUUCAAAGCCUUAUAAGAAGCCAGUUCUUGAAGACUUUCAAUCUUUCUGACAUUCCUCAUCCUGAAGGGGGUAAGGUGGAUCCUCCUGAGUAUAUGCUGGAGCUCUAUAAUAAAUUUGCUAAUGACCGGACCUCAAUGCCAUCUGCCAACAUUGUGAGGAGCUUCAAAAAUGAGGAUAUGUCUUUGCACCGCAUGGAUGCUGAUGGAAUACGCAAACAUUCACUCCUCUUCAACUUAUCCAUUCCACAUCAUGAGAAGAUCACCAUGGCAGAGCUGCGUCUCUACACAUUGGUGGAGCGAGACCGGCGCAUGUAUGAGGGUGUGGACAGAAAAGUGACAAUUUAUGAGGUGAUGGAUAACAGCAGUGAGAUUGACAUGGUGGCAGAAGAGAGGGGGGAGGAAAAAGGCGGGGGACAUACCCAGUUGACAGAACUAGCCUCACGGCAGGUCUACAGUACAGACAGCGGUUGGGAGGCCUUUGAUCUGACCAAUGCCGUACACCGAUGGCGCAAGUCUGAUUAUACCACGCACCGGCUAGAGGUACACAUCGAGAGUGUUGAUAUGCUGGAGGAAGAAUUCCGUAGAGGGAACCUGGACAUUGACAUCAAUCCAGAUGCCAAACAUGAUCCACUGCUGAUUGUUUUUUCAGAUGAUCAGAGCAAAGAUAAACGAGGAGAGAAAAAGGCUACGGACGACAUGGUGGAACAGGACAAGUUGCUAGAGUUUGGAGACAUCACUUUUGAUCUCAAUGACCUGGAUAAUGGCCAAAAUGAGGGACCAAAUGACAGCUCUUUGCUGCACAUGGGGUCUAACCUGAUAUAUGACUCUUCCUCCAGGAUACGGAGAAAUGCCAAAGGUAACUUCUGCAAGAAGAUUCCUCUUUAUGUAGACUUCAAGGACAUUGGCUGGGAUUCAUGGAUCAUUGCACCUCCAGGCUAUGAGGCAUAUGAGUGCAAAGGCAUCUGCAGCUACCCAUUUGCAGGACACAUCCCGCACACAAAUCACGCUACAGUACAAACUUUGUUACACAUAAGCAAUCCGCUACGAGUUGCCAGAGCCUGUUGUGUUCCCACCAAACUGAAUCCAAUGUCGAUCCUAUACCUGGAUAAUGGUGGCAUUGUCACUUACAAAUAUAAGUACGACGAUAUGAUUGUGGCUGAGUGUGGCUGCAGAUAGGGACUGGAACACAGAGUGAGUUCACCUUUAGAUGAUGUGGAAAAUCUAUUUAAUUAUUCUGUCUGUAAAUGUGUACAUUUUGUACUUCAUAUUUAAAAAUAAGAUUAUUUAAAAAUUGUGUGUACAGUAUGAAUAUGAUAUAAUUUGUGAAUAGGUUGUGCAUCAUUCAGUCUUUAAUGGUUCAUUGUUCAAGAUAUCAAAAAGGGAGAGCCACAUUUAGUUACAUUGUCAAAUCAGCAUGCUAGCUGAAUUUUCUGGUUGAAAAUGGUCCACAUGGCAACUGUUGAAAAACCACGGAAAAAGCUUUAUUAUUCUUGAAAUUAUGCAAACGUAUGACCAGCUGUCUCAAAAAGACUGUGACAUAGGUUUUGAUGGGCAGAACGCUGCACGAUUUGGACUCAAGAAUGGUAUCUAUGUAAUUCAAAGAGCUGAAUCGGAAAAAAUGGAAUGACACCCAAAGGUUUCUUCAGGCAACACAACUGCACCAACAUUUUGGGCAAUUCAAGGCAGGAAUUGUGCACUUAAGAACUGCCAAGAAGAUAACUCAAAUAGUUCACUUUAAAUUAGCCAGGAUUUCUGGUGAUUUUAUUUUUGUUAAUGGACUUAUUUUCAGUUAAAUAAUUGCCUGGACAAUAAAAGUGGUGCAUCUAUGAAGUACAUAUGAAGAAGCCAAGUGGUGUAACUAUGAAGUCUUGGUUUUGUGACGGCACUAACUGAACUCUGAAGUUAGCCCACUAAAAGAUAGCAACCUGUGUGUAAUAAGAAAAAGUAAAAGCUCCGACAACAUUAUUUCAAGUACUACCCCUGCUUCGAUAGCUGCAUUUCAGUAUAUCUAAGCAGCGGCUAUUUUCUUCUACUUGCUGAAUUUCCAGGCUAGCCUAGCAAGCAGAUUAGAACACUGAAGUAGACGACAGCAAUGACUGCAGCUUCUUAGGAUUUAAAAUCCAGAGGUCCCACACUCAAAAUGCAAAUGGCAGAGUAUGCUAAAGGCAGAAAGGGCUGUCCCCUGUCCGCUUAUCUGUAUAGGCCAAAAUAAGGCGUCACUGCCCUUGACAAGCUGUUCUUGUGCAUCACAUGCCCCUGGCUAUGCCACACCAUCUCCAAGUCCUGAGUGAUAACAAGGUGUUGGGGUUUAGAAACACUAGACCCGUCAAUCUAUUGUCGCCCAGCUGCCGAGCUGUCAAAUUCUUGGGUUUAAUGGUGCUGACGAGCUCCUGGGUCAGCUUCAUUAUACCUCGUUUCCACUUUUAUGGCAAAGAUCUCCCUUAUCAGAAGGGAAAGUGAUAAGCAAAGACGAUGUUUAAAGAGCCUGACCCCUUGUCUCACUCAUUCUAUAGACACUUAAUGGAUUUUUUCCAAGAUGCUUUCACGCACAUUCUUUCAGUCCUCUUCAUUGCUGGGAUAUUUAUUAAUUUAUUUUAUUGAUUAGCUUGCUGCUACAGCUUUUUCUACAUUAUGAUAAACAAGGUUUCCUUUCAAAUGAUCACUACUGUUUAAAGAAAAAGAUGAAUAAAUUUGAACAUUUGAAUAAAACGUAGAAUAUGACAAUAAGAGCUAGGAAAGGUGGUACAUGAGACAGACGCAUUGAUUAUAAGGUAUUUACCCUUCCAUCUCUUGCCAUCCAUUAUCCUGUCAAGUUCAGGAAUUUAGGAGGCUGGAAUAAGACACCAUUCUGGCAGCACUAAACACAAGGCAGGAACCAGCACUGACUCAGUCCCAGUCCUUCUCAGGACACGUUCAUGUAUUAGCUCUGGAUAUAAAACGUGAAACAGAUCAGUGGAAAGGCCAAAUACAGUAUCUGAGUUUCUCAAAGAGGGUUUUUGAUACUAAGAACCAUUCCUGCUGCCUCAUAGGUUUGUAGGAUCUGACGUCUAACUGACUUUGUUAUGGUGUUUGAUUUUUCAGCUUUGAAAGUGAGUAGGAGUAACACAUUGGAAGAUGACGCUGAAAAAGGGCAUCAAGCCAACAUGGAGAGGGCAGCUGAGAGCUUGUGUAGCAAAGAGCUCAUAGUGUUUAGUCAGCUAAUAGCUGUUUUUGCUGAACCCUUAUGGAUUAAAUUUAGAAUUAAUUCUGUUGGUUUGGUAAAAGCUGUUAGUAUAUGGCUAGAUUUCUUCAGCUAUUCUUCUUCAGCUGCAGUGAUUUUGCAGUAUCUAGAUUAUUUUUUCCUUAGAUAGAUAGAUAGAUAGAUAGAUACUUUAUUAAUCCCAAGGGGAAAUUCACUUAAUGGGGGUUUUAACUACAGAAUGUUGUUAAAAAUAAUUGUUUCUCUCUUUUCAACACUCCCUACUUGUACAUUUCAGUCAUUCAAUAAAUAAAAAGAGGCAUGCAAGAAUGAAGGCAUUGUUAACAACUAAAAUGAGAUUUAGACUGAGGGAAUGCUGACUUUUCUCUGUGCUGUUCAUAUUUAUUUAAUUUUCAGUGUGAUUGUACCUCCCACCAUACAAAGAGCCCUGGACAGUGGGAGAUACAGUAAUUAUAUUGACAGUCACACCGAUGCACUGUAGUAUUUUUGGUCAGUUACAGCCUAACGUCGUCCUUGAGUACUGUCAUUAGUAACUCUACCAUUAGCUGCUCUUAAUUAAUGGAGGCUCUGAACCCAGCUUUUCCAUAUCUUCACAUCAAUCUGAGAAAAAACAUCUUCAAACCUUCACCUUUAUUUUUACAUUUUUAUCAGUGUAACAAAUGUUACCACAUCGUGAUUUUGAUGUUUCCUGUCAGUUUUCUAUCAGCACAGGCUGAAGCUUCUGUUUACUUGUAAUUCUUAAUCUGAUUACAUUGAAGGGCCUCUAUGGUUGGACUUUUUAUUUCUCUGCUUAAACUGAUGGCUACUAUAACCCUUCAGUUUACAAGCAGAGCUUUGUAAUAUGAUAAAAAGAUGUGGCAUAUCAACUCCAGCAUAUUAAAGAAAUAAAGAAAGAGGCUAGCUUUCAAGUUAGACAAUCUACUUAAAUAUUUCUUCCAGCCAACCAUAACACUGAAACAGAAACUCCAACUGAAGUUCUCAGGUUACUGACUAGUAAUAAUUUUCUAAAUCCUCUACAAAUUACACUAUAAU